AUGGCAGCAGAAGAACCUGGUCCUUACGACCACCUGACAGACGAGGAGAAGCAGGCACUGGUCCGUGGCAAGUGCAAUUUUUUGGCACUCUCGCUGCUCUCGACCGUUGCCUUUAUCCAGUCUGGCACAGCAGCAGGAUACUGUGAUUUUGCCUCUCGUCAAGUCAAUUUCGUUUCUGGCUUUGAUCAGCAACAAGCAUGUUCCAACUUGAACCUGACCAGAUUUGACUCCAACCGCGAAUACUACGAAAAUAUGUGCAAUGUCUUUUUCACCCAACACGGGGUCGGAUUCUAUGGCUGGUAUGCCACGGUGCCCGUCGAUACGCAACUCUGUUUUACCUACGAUCAGUUUGUUACGGGAACUGGAUUCGUCCAAGUUGAAUUUGAUGCCGCCUUUAAUGCCGCCAAAGUCUUUGCCGUCAUGGCAAAUCUGUGGGGGGCGAUGGCCUGGUUUACCAUCAUGUUCAGCAGCUGUUGCCCUUUGGACAAUGCCAGAAUCAAAGGCUUGAGUUGCUACUUUAGCUUGGCUUACAUAUGUCAGGCGUUCACAUUUCUCAUAUUUGCCAGCAAUGUGUGUCAAAAGGGCUUUCUCGCGCAGUACUUUCCCAAUUCAUCUUCUUUCAAUGAUAUUGUGGACAAUGUCACUUGUUCACUUGGGUCUGGUGGCAGUGUUUCUGUUUCGGCCACUGUCCUUUACUUUAUAUGCAGCUUGUUGGCUCCCAUGUCAUUGGCACCCCUGCCCAUUGGAUACCGACCCGUACCACCUCCACCACAGACAACGGAUAAUGUCAACCAAGCGACUGGUGUUUGA